AAACGUAUUCCCGCCAUACUUCAGGCUUAAACAGGUUUACGUAUCAAAAAUGUCUUCUGAACUCGCUGCCACCUACGCCGCUCUUAUCCUCGCCGACGAGGGUAUCGAGAUCACUGGCGACAAGAUCGUCACUCUUACUCAGGCCGCCAAGGUCGAGGUUGAGCCCAUCUGGGCUACCCUCCUCGCCAAGGCUCUCGACGGCAAGGACAUCAAGGACCUCCUCACCAACGUUGGCGGCGGUGGUGCCCCCGCUGCCGGUGCUGCCCCUGCUGCUGGUGCCGCUGCCGGUGGCGCUGAUGAGGCUGCCCCUGCUGAGGAGAAGAAGGAGGAGGCUAAGGAGGAGUCUGACGACGACAUGGGCUUCGGUCUCUUCGACUAAGCGUAUCUUCGGAGUCUUUCUUCAAAAAUCCCUUUCCCGAGUCCGGUGGUUGUUGCGUGAUUAUAUAUCUAUGCAUGACUACCUUCUCUGAACUA